UUGAUCAGGAAGAUCGCCCCAGCUCAGCUCUUCGACAGACAAUCAAUUUUUCUUUCAAAUAUAUUAGUUUGUGAGUGUUGAUCUACUUCAUAAAAUGUCUGCAGAAAAACUCGAAGUUUGUGAUAUCGAYCCUGAGGUAAAGACUGCUGCCGAAAAAUUUCGCAAACGCAAGGAAAAGACAAAUGGAGCUUUGAUAUUUAAAAUAGAUCCCUCAAAACAACUGGUAUAUGUUGAUGAAUUACAUGAUGACAUCAGUGUUGAAGAUCUGAAGGAAGAACUCCCUGAACACUUACCUGUCUAUAUAAUGUACAGCUAUUGUCARAAACAUGACGAUGGGAGGAUAUCAUAUCCAUUGUGCUUCAUCUUCAUUUCGCCCUCAGGAUGCAAACCYGAGUUGCAAAUGAUGUAUGCUGGAAGCAAGCUUCAUGUAGUCAAGGAAGUAGGAGCAACAAAGGUCUUUGAGCUUCGUUCUUAUGAAGAAUUUACUGAAGAAUGGCUGUUGUCAAAGCUUGCAUUCUUUCGAUGAAGACAGUGUAUAAUAAACUCAUUUUAAGUACAUAAUUUUUUUCAAUAAAUUUCUUUUUAUAUUAGAAUAAACUAAGAUAUUUGAAAGAAUCUGUUGAGAGGCAACAGUUACCAACUUUUAUUUUGAAAUCACCUAAUUCUAAAUUAAUUGGCUAAAAAUACAGAUGGAUCAAGUCAAUUUUUUCUUUUAUUCAUAUCAAUGUUUCACAAAGAUCUAGCAUACGUGUAAUUCUCAUCUGUAUUUUGUGUAGAGGGAACAGCUGUCUAACUAAACCUGAGUUGAAAAUCUAUGAUAUUCCUUGUAACYAUGUCCUAGUCUUUUUGUAAACACUACUGUAAAUUGUGUCCUACUGGUGUGUCAGCUUUUGAAUUGUGAAAAAGUACUUAAAAUGCACAGGCAUACAGCAACAGGACCCACCUGCAAUCAGUUUAAAUUAGUUCAAAUUGUAUUUAUAAUACAAAGAGUGAUAAUAUUACUGUUCUUUCCCAUACACACAGCACUAACUAACUAAAUAAUCAAAUGCUACAAGUAUUCAUCAGAAUACUUGCAUGUCAAAUAUAGCUCAAAUAACUAGUUGUUCCUAUAUUUUAAUAGUCUCCUUGCAGCCUUGUUUAGUUUUGGUCACGUGUAACGCAAAGUGUGUGGAGAGGCUGCAUUACACGUGACCAGAACUAGACUCGACUGCGAGGAGACUGUAGACCUAUUUAGUGACUAUGAGACAUUAUCACUUAACUGGAACAGUUACAACAAAGUAUCGUUUCCUUUGCUCUCAAUUCCCUUUGUGUACCCUGCACACUGUUACUAAGACAGCAUUACAGUUGAGUGAUACUGACUAGCAGUCACUAAUUUCAUGGAGAUAGUAAGCACUCUAUAACCUGRAUGUUAAUUUUAUGUUUCUAACAGUUUUCAUUCAGCUGUAUGAAGUCAGCUACUCACUAUAAUGUUUUCAGAGUAACUAUACAGUAGUUAGAUAUACAAUGUACACUGUUCACCAUGUGAUUUUCAAUGAGCAACAGUUCACAAAGUCAGCACCUAAGAGUGAUAGUCUUUCAGUUCAUAUCCUUAUAUAAAUAACACUAAAACUUGGAAAUUUUGCAGUGUGAUUAUUGUGCAACAAUUGACAUACUUAUACAUAUAUAAAAUUGUCCCACUAUUAUAGCGAUUGCUAUAGACAUGCUUGAAAAUUAAGCAUGGUAAAAUUGCAGAUAAUCCUUGCAAUCAUUCAAAGAGAACAUAGUUGCACACACAAGAAGAUUGUCAUGCACAAUAAUGAUGGUACUGUAAAAUUUGCAAACAAAAAAAAGAACAGCAACGACAAAAUACAACCUUAUGUUUUGAAGUGUGACAUUAAUGUGAAAUAAACAUUUGAAAUAA